AUGAACACGACAGCACCACCCCCAGAAAAUGGACAGUAUUCUACAAACCAGCCAAGACCUUUCUUUUAUGCACAGCCAACAGCACAACUACCUUUCCCAAAUCCUUGGUACCUUGGCCAGUUGUAUAAUCCAUACUGCAUUCCUGGGCCAGGCUUCAGAGGUGGAAAUCCUUAUGUUCCAUACUACUCUGUUGCUCUCCAUGAGUACCCUGGAUAUUUUGUUCCCCAGCUUCAAAUGAAUACUAGGAUGAGUAGAAGACCUCAUUUUAACCCCCAUCCACCUUCCCCAAUGUUUUACCAUGCUACAAGAUUUAGGCACUACAGCAGUCAUGGGAGAAGAACUGAAACCAAAGAGACCCAGACUGAUCCACGGCAACAAGAAUGUGCUUCCAAAAGGCAACAGAGUUCAGACUGUAAAAGCUGUGAUGUUGGAAAUGUAGUCUAUCAUUCUUCUGGCAUUAGCAGCACCGGAAACGACAGUAACCUGGAGAAUGUUGAGAUGUCUCUGUCAACAUCCACACGGGAAAGGGACUUUCAUAAAAAUGCUUGCAACGUAACCAAGUACAGAGACAUGCCUCCAGGAAGCUAUGCAUAUGAGAAAGAGGAGGUAAGAAUAGUUAAAGAAUUACCAGAAAAUGUAGUGCAGCGUGAUCUUUUUUGUGAGGGUGUAUUAUGUGGCCCUCAUGCAGAAGGCGAGGACCUUGCUGUGCAGAGCAUUGCCUUUUCAAACAAAGAUGAAUAUAAAAAUUCACUUCCUCCUAAACUAUGUAUUGAUGCUGUUCAAGAAACAGAAACACAAACCACAAUAGUUCAAACAAGGGAGCCCCGAAAUGAAACUAGCAGACAGAGAAUGCAGAGUCUGAAUGUUAAGGCCACAGUGGAUGCAGACUCGCCAACCAUGGUGAUGGAACACGUUGAAGUCGUUGGCCCUGGUUAUGAUGAUCCACAAGUAAGUGUACCUAAGGAUUCUUGUGAACAUAAUCUCAUUACAAAUGAUCAACUAAUAGAGGGCUCAGAUGGAUGUCCAGAGCAGCAAGGUAUUGCAAAUGAAUCAACUUGUAAUGGAGAGGUGAAAUUGGCUAACAAAAGUAACAUGUGGACAGAGGAUUCCAUAGAGAAAUGUAUGCCAUCACCAACAUGGCUGGCCUGCUUUGAAAAUAUAGAUGCAAACUAUGAUUAUGAUGUUUAUUCUUCGCAAAGGAAGCAAAAACGAACAAGUGUAUUAAGCAUUACUUCGGAAGAGCUUUCAUCUAGGGAUGAAGGAUCUUCAGUGGAUAGUGUUUCUGUAUCUUACUUUGUCCCUGAUUAUUUUCUUAGGAAAGGUUUGUAUGCUUUCCGAAAAACCACAGAAGAUUUAGAGAGGGAACCAAUUAAAAGUGGUGGUUCUUUAAAGGAAGAUGAAAUACUUCUGAAGCAAUGUAGCAACCAGUAUGAUAAAAAAUACAGGACUUCUGCAGUGAAAGCUAAGGAUGUAUCAAGAAGAUGUCGAAAAAUUGGAGUUUCUCUUAAAGACCUCAAUAGAAGGAAACUCUAUUCUGUAAAAAAGAAGCCGAAGAGUCAGUCAUUGUCUGAACCUGAGGACUCUGAGGAAUACUGCGUCAUGGAAGAAGAGGACUUGCAAAACCAUGACAAAGGUGAUGAAGAUGAUAGCGAUGAAGAUGAGUAUUACUUUCAAGAGAGCCUUCCACAUGGGCAGGUGGAUAUUGGCAAAGGAAGCAUCUUCAAACAAAUCGCUCAGAAUCGAAUUCUCUGGAAACCUCCAAAAGGCAUGAUACCAGCUCAACUUAUUGGAUGGCCUGUAAGAGAAAAACAGGUGUGUCGACUUAAGGAUUAUGAUGGGAGUGAUUAUACGAUCUAUGAUAAGCAGCUUGCAAAACUAAACCGUGGCUUCAAAGAGAUCUCUGAGCAAAAGAAAUCUCUGCAGAAGUCAGUGGGUGGAAAAGUUCAAAAGAAAACCACUGGGACAGCUGUUGAAGAGUACUGGGUUGGAAGAGGUGCUAAACCCAAAUUCCCAGAACCUGCAUAUUAUUUGCAAGAUCCAGCCAAAAUCAAAACACAAGAUAAGCCUCCAAAAAAGAAAGGCGCGCUCAAGUCUUCUAAAAGAAAACAAACUAGAACUGAUCCAGAAGAAGUAGAAACAUGGGAGAUUCCUAGAUCAUUAUUGUAUGAGAGAGAGUUUUUUUGGCAAAUUGUACUCCAGAGCUGGUAACUGUGUGGAGUAAAAAGACUGACUGUUUUGCACUCAAACUGCCACCAACACACUGGGUAGGAUGACAAUCCAAUUAUUUUCUAUAAAUUUUAUCCAACUAUCAUUUAAUCAAGACCAAAAGAUUUCUAUGCAAAAUAGCAUUGUAGCCAUGUAACUCAUGUAAAGCUUGGGAGUUUGAGCCUCUAGCGUAUACUGUAUGUUGAUCAGACUGAUUAACACUCUGAUUAGGUGUCAAGUACAAAGGGGCAAAAAAGGAAAAUGUAGUCC